AUGAAGACUUACGACUCAUUUUGUAUGUUCGCCGCAAUCCAAGACAAACAGGAGACACUCCCUGCUCUCCCGCUCUUCUUCCAGCUUCCUCGUGAGCUACGGGACGCUAUCUACGAGCAUCACAUAGAAGACCAAGUUUCAACCCCGGGCUACUCAAGAUCUGUUUUUGACAGAAAACGCUGUGGGGCAUGUCGUAAGGAUGAGCUUGUUUACUGGACAGCAAGAAAGCAUUCAUUCACUCUACUCUUGGUCAACCGGCAACUCAUGCACGAACUCCAACAAACACUGGUUAAAAAAGAGUUCACACUCCACUUCUACUGCGCCUGUCACCUUCUAUCAUUUUUAAAAAGGCCAAAACUGUAUCCGAUUCAACAAGAGCUCACAAGCCUCUAUUUUCACUGGCGCGGAGAGACUUCCGGAUAUCCACCCGCCCCUCAAGACGCUAUUGCCAAACUGCAGACUCUUCCAGCGCUCACGCAUCUCACGAUCAGAAUAACGGAAUCUCUUCCCCUCCCCGAAUCCCAACGAGCACAUUUCCUCGAGUGGAGCAGACCAUCGCCAAGCGAUUUCUGCUCCGCGGUUGCGGAUGCAAUUGGCUUUAAUGAAUUAGUCAGUUUGCGUGGAUUGGAGGACGUGCGCCUCAUCGACGUUGACUAUUUUGUGGGAGCUGCUCAUGAUUUUUCGCAAGACAUACUUGGUUUGAAAGAAUGUCUCGAGUCACACUUGAAGCGCGAGAAGCCUCCAGGAUACGACGAGAAACCGAGGAUACGAACACCGUAUGAACCAUCUAACAAACAUCCUGAUCUCCAAUGGGUAGGGUGGAGGGAGGAGAGCACCGAAAGGGCACUUGAAGAUCGCUCCUCCUUGCGCCGUUGA